AUAACAGAGCGGGGAAGGUAGGGGAGACAGAUGAUACUCAUAACUUUAGUAGUGUAUUAUUAGUCGAAACAAACUUUGUAAAGCACAGUCAAAAUGAUGUAGUGGACACGCUGUUAAGUCUAAAGUGAUUGAACUGGAUUUCGGAUGGUAUAAAAAGAAGUGAUUCAUCUCCCCGAUCGGUCUACAUGGUCUAUGGGAUUCUCAGGGUUGUGCCAUUUAAACAGGAAACGUUUUACUUGUGACAUUAAUUAGUCGGAGUUAUACAUGGAGAAAGUAAAAAUGGCGGCAUCGAUGAAGUUUUCAACCCAUCUUUCCAUCACGAUUACUUUGUUUUGCGCUUUAUGUUUGAGGAUAGAGGCGAAGCCAGCCCAAGCCCUCUCGAGGCAAACCGCUGUCAACGAUAUUACCCUCGCUCAGACACAGAUGGAAAUGGAAGCAGAUAACGAUGCCUAUGAUAGCGACAUAGAAGAACCCUCCAGCAACGACCCCGAAGAAGCGGACAAUGAAAACGAAAACGACAUUGAAGUCGAAUCCGUUGUCGCUGGCGAUGUUGAUGCCGAUUUAGAUGUGGUUGAAGUUGAUGCCGGACCUCCAAACCCCAUCGGUCGUAACGGAUGGACAGGAUCUGGUUUGUGGAAAUCAAAAGAGCGAAACGAACACAGCCCCUUGACCACAGAGAGUAAAGUAUCCCACAUCGGAAUUGGUUUUGGGGUCGUCAUCCUCGUGAUCGCAGUGGUGGUCGUCUCUGGAUUAGCUAUUAAGAGGCCAGGUUCAAGUAAUACCAGUGAUAUACCUCCCGAACUGAAUAUAGAUUAAGAUUCAUAUUUGUCUUUAAUUGAAUUAACAUAUAUAUAAAAUUGGAAGAUAUCAAUAUACCCCAUGUCUCCCUCUCCCCUUCUUUAACCACCCCUCCCCCCCCCCUCUCUCUCUCUAGAUUCCACCCUCUCUCUCCUCCCUCAUAUCACCCUUUCUUUCAUGGGAUGACGUGGUUCAGAUAAUUUUGCCUGAUUGUAUUUCGAUUCGAUCACGAACUUGUUUUAUGAACAUUUUGAUAAAGAUAAAUAUAUAUUGUGAU